AAAUGAUUGAGGUAUAAUAUUGUUGUUGUUUGAAGAGUAGAGUGAGGCCUGGAGAAGGUUGGUCGCGAAAUGACUAGCGCGUUUUCUCCACUAAAGUGGUUCGCGCCUUUCGCGUCUCUCCAACCUCCUUCAUUUCUCACUUCAUCCAACAUCUCCACGCUGACUAUGUCAAUUCCCCUAACAUCAUUCUAGCGUCUCAUCAAUCAAGAUGGGAAUUCUCGCAACAUCGUUCCAAUCCAAUUUCCAACCCACGGCAUUCUCAAUUACCCAUCCACAACCCUCAACCAUGGUUUUAAAGCGAAAGCGAUCCGACUCUGAAAUCUCGAGCUCUAGCUCCCUUCUCUCAUCACCUCCAUCCGCGAGCAUGAUGCAUAUUGACAGCUAUCAUUCAAUCUCACAGCCAUCUCUCUUCUCAGCGAGAACCAGGAAGAGACACAGAGACAACCGACCCGCGGAAUCCGACGUCCACCGUAUGCGACCCUCCUUCCCGUCAGCCCAGUCCCUGGCAUUAAUUCCAUCUGCAGAACACACAUUAUCCCUUCUCUACUCUGCGCAACAAACUCCCCAAUCUCAAUUCCAAGCCCCUACUCCCUUUCAACCACAACAACCAGUCGAAUCUCUCCCUGCGAGCAAUCAGUCGACGCAGCAAUCGACACUGCAUUCCUUCUGGGCGAUUCCGUCAUCUCUGCGCCAAUCAUCCCCAUCGAGUAAUGCCUCGUCAUCAGCAAAUACACCAUCUACAACUUCCGCAAUGAAUGCAUUCUUCCAAGCUACCCAUUGUGAAAAUUGUAAUUCUUCGCUCAACCCCUCGGUAGAUGCGGGCGGGGAUGCAAUGGACGUCGAUAUGAUGAUGGAUAUUGAUAUGGAUGGUGGAAAUCAUUGUUGCACUAGCUGUGGGAAGCAGGUGUGCCAAAGCUGUUCGGUUAGCAAUCUUGGUGCGGACAAGAAGUGCCUUCAUUGCGCCGGACGAAAGGCUUGGAUUGGGGGAAUUGGAUGGUGUGAUCAGGAUUAGAGAAUGGGACAUCGACGAGAUAAAAGCAGCGUGUAUACUAGUGGCAUAGGAAACGGCGUUAGGGUUGGUUGGGGUCAGGAUAACGGGGUUCAGGAAGGGGUCCGUCUGCAUCAAUAACAACAUUGAUUUCUGACCGCAGAUUUCCCAAAAUUCCC